AUGAAGGGGUUAGAAAAGAUUUUCGCAGCAUACAAGAACCAGUUGGACAGACAAGGCACACUGGUCCUCAACAAGGAGGAGUUCGACGUUGAUGAAACAGCCUACAGUUACCUCGCAUCAACCACCUUGCGAUGGAUUAAACAAAUACCAACAUUGCCAGUUUGGGCAAACAAAGCUGUUUUAACAAAUUUCCACCACGUUGCACACGUGGCCAAUGAAGAUCUUGACUUUGAGAUAUACAAGGACAGACAACUCACCUCCACAUCGAGGAGAUACGGGCAGCAAGUCCAAGUCCAUGAGUGGACAUCAGGCGACACCCGAAUUCUCAAGGAAUUGCGACGGCCGUUUAGUUUUACACAGAUGACAAUCUCACUAUGGCGCAGAGACUUGGCAUCUCAGGGGACAGAAACACGUCUUGUGUUUGCGGCCACAGGGAUUAGCUACAAGCAUUUGGGUGACUUUGACUUUGAGGACUUUGUUUUGAGGGUUGAAUCACCGAAAAAUAUAACAGGGGCGUGGUCAUAUGUCCGCACAGGCGAGGCUGGAGCUCCUACCGCACAUGAUGCCGUAUAG